AAAUAUUUAUAAGAUACGAUCUGUUAAUGUACAGAACACAAACAUUUCAAAGGAAUUUAAAUAUCCUUACCAACAAAAUAACAGUACUUGUUUAGAUGGAAAAAAAACGUUGUUGCCAACACAUAGGCCAAUGCUCAAUGUAUUAUUAUUAUGAUUCUAACCUAGAUUUUUGUUUAUCAACGUGAGAGUUGAAACUCACUAUUAACAAGUUCCGACUGUAAGAUUACGUACAUUACAUGAUGAGCAGUGAAGAAGUGAUCGAGAUUUCCGAUGACAGUGAUUCAGAAUACAAAGCUGGCACAAGCGGUUCCAAGCAACCACACACAUCAGGAUUCGUUGAUUUAGAUUCAGAUGAGGAAUCUGAUGAGAGCAGUGACAGUGUGCAAUGGGUUGAAGAGGAGUCUGAGAGUGAACCCGAUUUGGACUGUGACCACUGGGAUGAUGAUUGUACUAUAUGUGACCUGAAACCUUCUACAAAGCUAAUUCAAGGCUAUCACCUAAUGCCAACAUGCAUUAGAGACCUACCAGAGAAAAGAAUGAAGAUGUCAGCAGAAUUGAAUGAUGUAUUUUGUAAUAGCGAAUAUGUGCAGAAGUUAUGUGACAAUUUUCAGAAUGGUAAUGCAUUCAUUGAUAAGGAAUGUGAGAUGAUCCUGGAUCCAUGGAAAGUUUUAGUAUGCAAUGACGUUGUAAGCAAUGUAGAUGUUUUGAAUAAUGUUAGGGAGGAGUUUAAUGAAAUUUCAUGGAAUGAGAGGAAAAUGGAUUUGUAUGAGUUUUUCCAGUCAAGGGAUUUAAGAAAAGAGCAAGGAUUUAAAAAUAUUAAUUGCAUUUAUGAACUCAUCAAGGGUGACUUGAUGAAGUUUGUUGCCAAGCUGUGCGGACUGGAGCUGGUUGAUGCUUCAGCUACUUGCAGCUUUUACAGUGACAGUGAUUUCCUACUUGUCCAUGAUGAUCAGCAAGAUACUAGAGCUGUGGCAUUUGUUCUGUAUUUGACUGGAGAAGAAGGCUGGGAAGAGAAUUGGGGUGGAGCACUGGAGCUUUUCGAUCGGAAUUCCCAGAAUCAACCGAAUGUUUGUACGAGGAGAGUUAUACCAAAAAAUAACCGUUUGGUGUUAUUCCCAGUUUCGGACUAUUCAUAUCACCAGGUGAAUGAAGUGAGGAGUAAAAAUUACUGCAGAUUAAGCAUUAACGGAUGGUUUCAUACUAAAGAACCAUUAAAGUUUGAAACUCCCACAUACGAGAAACCCAAGUGUGGUAUAUUAAGCGAUACACUGCAGAUCGUUGAAAAUAACGAAAUCAACUUGGAAGACUGGAUAGGUCCAAGAUUUUUAAACGAAGCGUAUGUAGGGGACAUCCAGGGUUAUAUGGAGGAGUCGUCGCAGUUAAGUCUUGCGACUUUCUUCAAUUCCAACAAGAUGAAGCGAGUUGUCGAAGUAUUGAAUUCGCAAGAUUUAGUUUGGAAGCACAUGGGACCACCGAAUCGUCAUAACUACGAGUACCUUGAUCUUGAGCAGGAGUUACCGCAGAUACUUAAGAAUUUCCUGGCGCUGUUCAAGUCCACGGAUUUCAUGCAACUGCUCAUGCAAUACACGCACUUGGAACUCGUCAAUUUCAGGUACGAGCUACAAAAGUGGACACCUGGAUGUUACUCUUUGCUAGGUGACCAAGAGGCGAAGAACAGGCUGGAUUUGUCUAUUAGCAUGGGUGAUCUAGAAGUGAUCGGUGGAAAAACGCAAUACGUAACGCUGGAGGAUGAGGUGCAGCAGGCUUUGGUGACGAUCGAUGUGGACGGAAGUCUGAAUUUAGUGUACGGUGACACGGCCAAAUAUAUAUCCUUCGUCAGCCACCAAAGCAAAUCUAAAGCCUACUACACCUUAACAGCAUCUUAUUUCGAAACGGAAGAGGAUGAUGAAAACUAGUACUAUAGUCUUAUAUAGUAUACACAUAAAACAGAUUCUAUAACGUAUAAAUAAUUGUAUUGAACACAUUUUUGUAAUAAA